CCAGUUUCACUUCCGUUGAUUGUCAUGAUAUCCACGAACAUUUUACCUUCCUACCACUAACCACCCUCCAAAAAAAGAUACGGAGGGAAUUAUGAUUCACAUCGUCGCAACGUUUACAAUACUGGUUCGCCAACACCAACUUAUUUUCGACAAAGGUCGUGUUGUUGAUUAUCUGCUGGCCGACGACUCCGCUUCAUGCCGCUUCGUGGCUAAGUACUGUCACCGGUGCGGACACCGCCAUCUGAGCGAGCGACCAAGUCACUUCUUACGCCGCCCCUGGAGCGCCUCCGCUGCCCACAAAGCACCCAAAAGAGUCCGUUUUGGACGGAAGCUAUAGGAGAGUGACUCAUCGGGCUGGCGGAGGGAAGGAUUCGCUUGACGUGCUAACAUGGAAGUUUCAUCGUAUCGGUGGUUGCGUUUCUGCGCCGUCACCCUUGUCGUCAAUGCAAGUUAUUCGGCACAUGGAAAGAAAGCUUUACAAUUAUUUCGUGUAUGUGCAAACAUCCAUCCAACUUCAACUCCCGUGGUGCGUUACUCUGGACCAGGGCAGCCGUUGAUGUGAUGCGUGUGAACCCCCCCCUUGUUCGUUUGUCUUUGGUCGCCCAACCCUUUCAGCUCGCUUUCUUGCAUCCGGGAGCAGAUGAGUGGCAGCAUGGCUUCGGUUGGUAACCCAUGAUGUAUUCUGCAGGAUGUGCGAUAUCAUGCGCAUCAUGAAUGGAGGGAAACGAUUUACACUACCUAUGUAGGUACGAUAUCGUGCUGCGAUUCUAGUUGGUAUUCCAACAUAAUCGUGGGGAGACAUCGCUCAUCAGGUCGGAAUGGAAGAGCUUGCGUGUGGAGAGCAAAACCAUUUCAAGUCAAGACCCAUGCCCUAGUCCUUGAGAAGCCGCCCGCCGCCCAUCGCCGGUCGCCUGGGCCCGGACCAGGGGGACAUCCGCCGGGAGGGCCUCCCGCUUCUGGGGGUUUAAUAACCUAAACGCUCGAGCUUCUUUCCCUACCCGCUUGUCAGAACAAAAUUGGGGCAGAAUAGAAAAUUCUGACUCGGCGGGAAUGGAGUGUUUGAUAUCGACUGGGGCUGGGCCAUUAGACUCAUAAGCGCCCCCCUUUGUUUUCGGCUCGUGAGGUGGCCUCGAGCUAGUUUGACUCUUGCUGGCAUUCAAUGCUUGAUUAUGAGCUUUUUUGUGGAUUGAGUUGAGCGAGCUCCGUCAUUAUCGUGGGCUCUCCUUGCAUUCCCGCAUUCCGUCGCCAAGCUACCCCCCGUUACCACGUUUCCAGCCCUAGCUCCUUAUGCUUUAUUGCAUAUGGAAUUUUGUGUACCGACCCCAGGUCUUCAGCCCCAAGCCCAGCUUCGAUAAGAUUUCCGAACUCGGAAAGUAAACGUCAAACCUUUUACCAUGGCAUCGCCAAUUAAACUACGGAUCUACCCGCUUGCUGGCCACUCUCAACCAAAGGCGUAUCAAAUUGUGAUAUCGCUUUUUCAGGUCACGCACACUUCGAGAUCAAGGUGUGCCGUUUUUACAAUGCAAUUUGUUGAUCAAAUUGCUUGUCAUUCCUAACUAUACACAGCCCCUGUUUUGAUAAGCGCGACCAAUUUAUUCUGAGGCCCUCCAUGUGAGUCAACUGGAUAAUGCUGUUAGGAAAGGUCAUGUGAAAAUACUGUACCCCAGCUACUAGACCAACUUUACUUCACCCAGGCAACCUCGAGCCAGGCUUCGCAACCUCUUCGCACUGGUCACCCGCUUUCAGACUCACACCUCUUGGCGCCUUCAUGUCAUGCUCGACUCUCUCCACAUCCGUCACGAUACCACCACUACGGCUCCCUCCCGUCUACUCCGCACCCUUUCAUUCACGGUUCGGAACGGUCCCUCAAACCUCGAUACUAGUUCGGUGUGCAGCCAUUUUCCCUUGUUACCACACCCUCAUCAGACUGCUCUUUCGCGGAUCAAGGCACUGCCAUAUGCAUGCGUAUUCUCAAACCGCUCCUCCACCAGUUCCAUACAUCAACAUCCAAUGCCUUGUCGGCCCCCAAAGGUUAUCCUGGUCGCCUUUUUCCACUUAAACCAGGCGACCAAUCCUUAUGGUGCCAAAGUCCCCUUCUGCCUAGAAUAGGACUUUUUCUUUCAUCGUUUCCCGCCUGUUUUCUAACUUUGAGGCCGCCUCUAUUGGUCAUUCAGUCAUUACCCCUCUCUCCUUGGUUGCCUCGUCUGCCCCUCCAUUUCACGUCGUCGUUAUCUUUGACAUGCCCCACGAGUUUCGGGAGAAGAUAUGCGAUACCACGGGAUAUCGCGUUGCACCGCGUAAAGUACUCGGCUCAUGUCAAACAAAAUGCAGAUCUUAGUAUGGUUCGCCAGGAGACAGCAAGGCACCAGUGUGCAUAUCGAGCCGUCGAGAACAUCCGUCUUACAAAGCAUGCGAUUAUUGCGGCUCAAAUGCACUGCCAUCAUGCCACAUUACGCCAUGGCAGUGCAUAAUGCUCAAAUAAUUAGAAUCCAGCCAGUUCUUUUUGCUUCUAUUGAGCUAAGAAGGAACUGUAAAUCUCUGGCGAUAUUUUGGUGUUGCUAGUUUGCUUACCUGAUGCUUAGUGUCGUUGCAAAAGUGAAGGUUCUAAGACAUUUUAUAUCUGGAUGCUACCCUGAGUUGAGUCGAGUUCUCAUGACCUUUCCCUCCUUUUUGUUUUAUGAUGGGAUCCAUACGUCACGAGAUAGCAUUCAUGCAGUCUAGCCUAGCCACGCGGUCACGUAGAAUAGUUAUGUUUGUCAAUUCGUGAGGGGUGCAAGAUGUUCUUAGUGGGAGACUAUCAUUCUCUCUACUCGACCACAUAGGGUAUCUGUGUAUGAACAAACUCCGUCUAACGUAUUGCCAUGCCUCCUAUUGUAGUAGAAUGUAACCAUUGCAGAAGACAUAGGUUACCUUGAGUUCAUAUGACCUGAAACCUAACCUUUAUCCAGACAGGGGUAUUUCCAACUGCAGAGUGUCAGUAUACCAUCAAAUGAGAUGGGGAGGUUUCUUCAUACCUUAGCAACAAAGGAACAAAGUCUCUAUGGAAGAAAAGAGUAGCGCAAGGGAAUAGUGAUAGAUGAUGGCGGUGUUAACAAAGGGGGGAGCAAGGGCCCGUCUAGACCUUGACCAUUGUUCUGUUUAAAUAAUAUCAUGAUGCUCAUAACAAAACCAUUUAAGGGUACAAAGAAAGGCCAAACAAGGAAUUAAAAAACGCGCCGUCGCUUCAGAACAUCAUCAUAAUACUCCGUCUUCUCAGUCUUGGACUCGACAAUUGUGAUCAGACCAAGAUGUCGCUCC